AUGGGCGCCAUGCUCCGCAAUUUUCUGCGUGGCGACAUCGAGAAAACCUCGGACACAUUCAUCAUCACACGCUCCGAUAUUAGUGAGACACGACUCAUGGACGGCCGGACCUCGUAUCCUCAGCAAAACCUGAUGGAAGCAGUGCAAAAUUUGUUCGAGGAUAUCCUGCUCACCUUGCUCUCUGAACUUAAUCUUGUAGCGGCCGAAACACAGGCUGUCAAGUGCGUCAAAAGCAGGACGAUGAUCGUGCACAUCUACCUCCCCUCAUCGCUUUGGAUUGGAUACGCUAUGGCCGUUGCAAUCACGCUCGCCUCCAUCCUCGUUGGAAGUCGGGCAAUCUACCAAAAUGGCGUUGCGAGUGAUACGCUGUUCAGUCGCAUCCUUGUCACAACGCGCAAUCCGACGCUCGAUCGCCUGAGCGUUGGUGCGUGUUUAGGAGGUGAUACGUUUCCAAAGGAGCUCAAGGAGACAAAAUUGAGAUUCGGUGUAUUGCUGGAAGAAGAGCCAAGAGAGGGGCCGCUGGGACGAGUGGAGCAUUACUGUUUUGGCACAAGGGGAGAGACGAAGAAUAUUGUCAAGGGGCAUAACUACGCGGGGUUGCGGCGCUACGUUGGGGGUGAAGAAGGCGAUGUUGAUGAAAAGAAAGGACUGCUUGAGGAUGAAGAUGUAGCGAUACGUUUAUGA